AUGAACGUGGGCAGAGGGAACCUGCAGGCACAUCUGGGAGCCAUCCUCCAAAACGGCCCCAGGGACCGCACCGCUGGCCCUAACGCCCCGCCUCGCCGCGCAGGAGGGUCCGGUGUGCAGCCUAGGCGCUGGGGAGCCGGGGCAGCUCGCCUCGGGCUGGGUCCCCAGGAGGGCGCCGUCUCCCGCCUUGCUCUCUGCGGUCUCUGA